AUGUCGUCGAAAGUUCCGGCGGGCCCUCGAGAAGUGACCAUUACAAAGAGCGUCACUGGCUUCGGUUUUAACGUCCGCGGUCAAGUCAGUGAGGGCGGCCAACUGAAAAGCAUCAAUGGCCAACUCUACGCUCCUUUACAGCACGUCAGUGCCGUACUCGAUGGCGGAGCCGCUUACGAAGCAGGAAUCCGCAAAGGAGAUAGGAUACUCGAAGUGUAAGAUAAAUAAUAAUAAUUGUUAUUAAAAAAAAAAAAAAAAAAUUUAUAAUAAUAACAAAAAAAAAAAUGGUUCCAUUAUCUAUUUAACUGUAUGAAACAAAUAUGCAAACGAUCGGUAUAUGUUAAUAAUUUUGUAUUUCGGCUUUUACAGAAAUAACAUUAAUGUCGAAGGAUCGACGCACAAACAAGUUGUUGACUUGAUAAAAUCGGGCGGCGAUGUGUUAACAUUGACAGUAAUUUCCGUUACACCCCAAGUACGUUUUUAUAUAUGUUUAACUUACCUACCAUAAUAAUUGACAGAGCAUGUUUCAGCACGAUAAUAUUUUCCUUAUACUCAAUAUUUUACUAAAUAUAUUAAGUAUUUUAAUUGAAAUGUAUGAUUAAACGUGUUUGAUAUUUCUAAAUCAUAAAGGUUACUAUUAUCAGAUUGUUUUCUCAGACAUGAAAAGAGAACUGACCUGAAUUCCAUAGGUUCACCAACAUUUAACAUUUGAUUUUGUGUCAAAUUUUGAUUAUUAAAUGGUUAUUGAUAAUUUUGAUAGAAUAUUAAUGAUAAAUCAUCACAAUUUGAAUUUAAUAUAAAGUACUUUAUUUUACCUACUUAUUAUAGUAUUAUUACUUUUAUGUUUUCAUUUAUUGCAAUAAAUUUUUAAUAAAAAGACCAUUAUAAUUUUAUAUCAUUACUAAUUUAAAUUAAUUUUUCUACUGAGAAUACUAAAUUUAUUUUUUAUUUUAAUAUUGUAAAUAAAUAAUAAAUUUAUUUUUUUUCGAAAAUAAAUAUGGAUAAUAUGACUAACUAUAUUGGAAUAGGGGACAGAAAGAGUUUUAGCAGGCCAGUGAACUAUAUAAAACCUAUAUUAUAAUUUAUGAAGGUUCCUGUAAAUAUUAUUGCGUAGACAUUAUUGGGUAAAACACAUGUGAACUAAAACAAUUGUUUUCCUUUAAAUUUAGGAAGCCGAGAGAUUAGAACCAAAUGAAGAACAGUCUACAUACAAUUAUAUAGACUACAGUGAUAAAAGAUCAUUACCAAUUUCUAUACCAGAUUACUAUUCAGUCGAUAAGGAAGGAGAUAAAUAUGUGGUAAGGAAAUUUGAAUUUUAAAAAAAAAAAAAUUUAAAAUUAAUUUGACCAAUUUUAAGUAAAUUACUUAAGAUUAUUUAGAAAAUUUUUUGAUACCAUUUUGAAUACUAAAAAAAACACAAGUAUAUUUGUCUAUGUAUAGACUGUAAAUAUAUACAAUUAUUUAUUUAAAUGCAUGUAUUGUUUAUAGUGAAAAAUUCUUGUAGUUUCGCUAAAUAUUUGAUAAUAUUCAUAUUUUGUGCUAUUUAUAUACAUGAAUAUUUAUUAGUACCUUGUAAUUUUAUUCAAAAAUUUAAUUUUCAAGUUUAUUUUGCUAGCAUUAUAUUAUUUUUUUCAAUUUUAAUAUUAUCAUUUUGUACUUGAAAACAAUUAUGAGUGGAGAAAUUAAUAAUUAAACUAUUUAAGAUUUUAUAAUUUUUUAGUGUAUUGAAUUGGAAAAUUAAACAAAUCAUUAUCUUUAUAAAACUUUAAUCAAUAACUUUUUAUUAAUAAAUGUUUAGAUUUUUUCUUCCUUUCAAAGAAUUUUUAUCAUAAUUAAUUUUAGUAGUUAUAAUAUUGUGACAUAACUAUUUGUUUAAAAAAAAAAAUGUUAUUUUUAUUUAGGUGUUCAAUAUAUAUAUGGCCGGUCGUCAUUUGUGUUCUAAACGAUUUAGUGAAUUUGUCAAUCUAAAUGCGAAUCUUAAAAGAGAGUUUAUUGGAUAUAGUUUUCCUAAACUCCCAGGAAAAUGGCCAUUUACGUAAAUAUUAUUGAAAUAAAUUUAUUCGACACAUUUUACUUAAUAGGUAAUAAUAAUAAAUAAUUUAUUUUAUUAGUUUGAGCGAACAACAACUCGAUACAAGAAGAAGAGGUUUGGAAUUUUAUUUGGAAAAAGUAUGUGCUGUUCGUGUGAUAGCUGAAUGUGAAAUUAUGCAAGAUUUUUUAACUGAUUCGGGUAACGCGCAGGUAAUUUUCUUUUUCUAUUAGUUUAGAAUUAAAAAAAAAACCAUAGUUUUAUAUAAUUUUUGUGUUUAGAAUAUUGACUCCAUUGUGGAUUUAAAAAUAAUAUUACCUGACCGAGAAAUAGUAACUAUUAGAACAAAAAAAAAUGCAACAGCUGAAAUUGUUUACAAUAGUGUUAUUGAUAAAAUAAAUAUGACAGAAAAUAUGGCAGCUUAUUUUUACCUAUUUGAAAUUGUAGAGUAUAAUUUUGGUGAGUGUUUUCUUUUUUAACAAUAUUAGGCACACAUCAUUUACCUAAUAUAUAUUAUUAUAGAAUAUUAAUAAAAAGUGUACUUAAUUUAAAAUGGAUUAUUUAUUAGUUAUUAAAAAAUGCAUAAUUAUUAAUUUUACAGAAAGAAAAAUUCAACCAAAUGAAAUAGCUCAUCAACUGUAUGUACAAAACUACCGAACAGCCAGUGCUAGUUGUUUAUGUAUAAAACGAUGGCUUUUUAACCCGGCAAUUGAAAAGAGUCUUAUAGAGUCAGAUUCUUUAGCUGCUACAUUUAUUUUUUGGAGCACUAUUGACGAAGUUGAUCGUAACCAUAUCAUUAUUGGAGGAGACCGUUUAUAUGAGUUGAAAGCACUACAAGAAUCUUCGAAAAAACUAGAUGUAUGUUAUUUAUAUUAUUAUUAAAUGAUGGUAUUUGUUUUUGUUAAUAAAAAAAAAACAAAAUAUAUUAAAUCAGUUUAAUAUAAUAUAAUCUCUUAAAACUAAACUAAUUCAAUUUAGAUUCUGAAUAAAGCGAGGGAUCUAUUGGUUUUAUUGUGUAUAUUUUUAUUUUUAUCUGUAAACAACUUUUCCCUUAAAAAUCUUACUCCAAUCAAAAUAUGACGAGAUACCUUUUUUGUUGCAUUUUUGUUCUAAUUAGUACUUUGACAAGGUCAUUUUUUGAAAUGAGGAAAAACUGGUUCUUUCAUUAAAAAAACGAUUAAAAUAUUAAAAAUUAGAUUAUCAUUGGGAACCGUUUUUAUUUAUUUACUGUUAUUAUUUUAAUCUUUUUUAAAACAAUUGUUAUUCAGAAAACAAUUGUUUUUUCCUUUUGUUCAUUUUAUUUUAGAUUUUUUUCUUCAUUCUGGAUUGUUUUUUGUUAGCAAUGGUUUAUUAUAGCGUACACAUAUAAAUAAAAUGUUUUUAUAUAUAUUCCCCCUUCAAAAAUGACCACACCCAGUGUCGGCUCUUUUUUUUUUUUCAUAGAAAAUAAUAUUAUUGAUUCUGUUUCUAAAAUGUAAUUUUUAUUGAUUUUUAUAUUUUACAGUAUUUAAAAAUGGCUAAAAAAUUACCUGGUUAUGGUGAAGUAAUAUUUCCACAUUGUCCAUGUGAUUCUCGAAAAAGUGGCCAUGUGAUGGCAGCUGUUGGCUACUUAGGUCUAAGACUUAUAGCAUGUACUGAUGAUGGUACUUUAGAGGUAAUAUUACAACAUAAUUGUGUAUCAAUUUGUUAUUUAUUGUUAAAUUUCAAUUCUUAUUCAAUCAAAUUUCAUGGUAGAUUUUGAAGAAUAUUUAGUAAUAGAAUUGAGUGUAAAUCAACAAUUUGUUUACCUAUAGAAAAACAAAAAUAGUACUAACUCAGCAAUAAUUUGAAUAAAUCUGUAUUUCUAAGAACAUUUUAACAAAAGAAGUCCUCAAGUACUUAAAAAUUAAUAGAAAAUUAGAUUUAUUCUAAUAAAUAUAUGCAAUAAUAUAUUUCUGAUGGUAAACAGAUAGUAAACAAAUGUAUUACAACAGAUAAUAUUGUAAAUAAAAAGGUCUUAGUUAUUUACAAGUACAACAUACUGUUUUAUUUUUUUAUUUUUUUUAAUAUUAAAAUCAAGUUUUUCCAUAUUUUUCUUCUUUAAUAUGCUUCAUUACCUAAUUUUAAAACAAAAAUAAAAUAAUUAUUAUUUGUUAAUUGUAACAUGUAACAUACAUCCCAUUUAAAUGACAGCACUGCUGGUUAUACAAAUAUUGUUUAAACAGACAUUCUAAUAGAGUUACAAUUAUUAAUGUUAUGUAUAUUUGUGGCUAGUGUUGAAAAUUGUUUUAUGUCAAAUUUUUUUCAGAACCAAUUUGUGCUGUUAAUUUUAAUACUGAAAUGAAUUAUCUUAUCAAACUUUAAGGUUAGAACAUUACUCGUAUUUGUACUUUUGUUUUUUUUUUUAAAUAUAUUUUUAAUUUUUAAGCGAGAUACAAAUUUUUUUACAUUGUAAUAUUUCACAUACUCAUAUCUCGUUAAAAAAUGAAAAUUCUGAAAAAAAAAACUAAAACCAAUGUACAAACAUAGUUAAUGAUUUUAAUACCACUAAAGACCUUAGUCUGAUAAUAAACUGAUUUACUUUAUUAGUGAAACUAUUGGUACAAAAAUACAAAAUUGGUUUUGCUGAACAAACAUCUGAUAUAAAUCAAUUUUAAAUAUUAGCUUAACAUAAACAUAAAUUAUAUUUUCAAUGUUACAGAAUCAAGCAGUUGAAUUUACGUGGAAAACUAUUAAAUGCUGGGAAAUUGAUGAAACUAAUGGCUUAUUUAGUUUUCAGUUUCAACGUGAAGAAAAAAGUCCCAAAUGUGUUAAACUACACACACCUUAUGUAAGUAGUUUUAUCUAAAAAAUUAGUGAUCAUUUUAAAUUCUGAGUGGAGCAAAGAAGCUUAUAGUUUAUUAUUUUUUUUUUAUCUGUGCGCAAUUUUUCUACCCAAAGAUUUGCUCGGAUUUCUACGUGUAGCACCUUUUCUGAUAGGAAAUCAGUGUGGGAGGUCCUUAAGGGAGGUCAGUUUUCGAUUUUCUCAAGUCUUUUCGCAGCAAAUGUGAAAAACCAGUAUAAAACAUGGGAAAACUGGGAAAAAUGUAGGAAAACUGGGAAAAUUGGUACAACAUUAAACAAAUUGUAUUAGAGAAAAUAUAUGAAGCUUAUUUAAUUAUUUUACUAUAAAAUAACAUAUAUAUAUAUAUAUAUUGUUGACAAAGUAUCACUAUGAACUGAAUUCUGCUCAGAAUCAGUUUUUCGUAAGUAAUAGUUUAUCGUAGCUUACAGAUAUACAUUAAAUUCCCAUUAUCUUAACUUUUUUCUAGUAUAGGGCUUGAAACAGAAUACUAUUAAAAAAAAAAAAAAAAUAAUCAUAUAUGAGUAUUGUUGAUCAUUAUUUUAUUGGUGCAGUUUUUUAAAGCCGGACCAAGUGAAUGAGUUUAUUUGAGUUGCAUUAAAUUUAAUUUAAGUAGUCGAUUCGAAGUUGAGCAUGGAGACAUUAGUGCAAUAAUGUGAAUAUUGUUUUUGAAAAUGCCACAUUAAAGGUUUUAUCUAGUAAUUACUUCAAUAGAUAUGUACGGAUGGCACUUGAGAUAAGUUUUUCAAAUUUUUUCAAUUCAAUCCCCAGAACAUUAGACUCACAAAAUCUAUAUAAAAAAGGAAAAACUAUAAAUUUUUACAUAUACAUUUUUUAAUCAGAGUUAUCCUUUUCUGAAUGCAUUGCUAUUUUAAACCAGUUAUUUAAAUUUAUUGGUAGGUCUAAUUUAGGAGGAUCCCUGCUGAUUUCCUUAAAACUAUUUUUUAGUUUUUUUUUUUUCUAAAUCUUAUUUAUGUUUAAUUUUACAUGCUGAUCGCUCAAACAGUCUUUGUAAAUUAAAAUGUACUUUUAUAUGAGUUUAUUCAUACACGAAAAUGAGACGUGCGUUUGAACACCCCGAAACGCGCAUGUUUAAUUUUGAACAUUUCUUACCAUUUCUUAACUAUAAUUAAACAAUAAUUUCUCAAUGUAUCUUCAAUGCAUUUCCGUUUUUGAUUAAUCAUUUAUAGCAAAUGGAUUCUGGUUUUAACAUAGCUUUGUUCAUUAAUAGAUGAUUUUAUCCUUUUCUGAAAGCUGUUUCAAACCCAACCUUUUAAAAAAUUAAAUAGUAUAUUUUAUAUCUCAUUAUUAAUGAAAUUGUCUGUCUGUACAGUUUACAUUCCUAGCUGACUGCUUUAAUCGAAUACAAGAGGAAUCAUGGAAAAUUGAAACACCAUAA